AUGCUUGUCCUGAAGACAACUAGGGUUUCCGGAAAAGAAAAGAAAAGAAUCAAUCUACGCACUUUACCUACGGCUGUUUCUAGUGGAGCCGAGCUGAGAAGUUUGAUUGAGUUGGACCACCGCAGCCGGAAAAGCUGGCUGCUAGCAGUCGGCGGGAUUGCUAGUUGUUGCUUUGUUCCGAAAUUAUCCUUUUCAACCACCCCACGCCAGGAGAAAGUAGUCGUAAUCGAUAAUAUUGUCUGCUACACUGAGAUCUUCGCCGCCUACCACACAUCCACCGGAAAGGCCCUGGCUUUCACAUCGUCUUCCGCUUCUUCUCACUUGGACUCACCAACCCAGCACGCCAACUCGCCCAACAGCUCGCUGGCGUUGCAGAGAUCGCUCACUUCUGUAGUUGCCAGCAGGAUGAAGAAGGCAUUGCGUCUCAAAUCGGCGGGUUCGGGCUCCAAGAAGAGUCUUGGGUCCGGUGGGUCCGGGUCGGGACCCGGAAAGCCCAAGCGGGUUAUGACGGUGGGUGAGCUAAUGAGGAUCCAAAUGGGGAUUUCUGACGCUAUGGACUCUAGAGUCAGGAGAGCUCUGCUUAGGAUUUCUGCUGCUCAGUCACAUAUUCGUGUGCUUGAAACCACACAACAGAAUAUAGCCGCAUUGCUGAUGGGUCUUGAAUAUCUAAUAAACAUCUCAUAUAUGGAUGACACUGAAGUUUUUAAGGAUGGGGAAACAUUGGACAAUGAGUUGGAGGUUGUUGAGGGAAUGAAGCUAGACAGGGGUUACAUAUCCCCUUAUUUCAUCACCAACCAGAACAAUCAGAAAUGUGAAUUGGAAAAUCCUCUAAUCAUAAUCCAUGAGAAGAAAAUCUCAAGUAUUAAUGUUGUGGUUAAAGUAUUGGAGUUGGAGGAGAAUAGAACAGCUUGGAAAAUGUGCAAGAAGGGAGAGCUAACUCAUACAACGAAGAACAAAUUGUUGAAGUUAAGAUCAAAUUAG